CGCCCCUCCCCCGGCAACAGCCAUGGCUGCACUGGCUAGAAAUCGCUAUUAUCAAUGGUAUCUGCGUGAGGUGGAAGCGGGUCAGUUGGAGCUCCCUGAAUACGAUGAGAACGAAAAAGGCGACAGACCAUCUUGUAUUACGGCGAGGUGUUCUGUCGUGUGGAGGAUUGUGACAAGGCCAAUGUAUGGCCCUUCUAUGAAGGAAUAUAAAGUAUAUUGCCGUAAAUGCCAGUAGCAGGAGGCCAGGAGGACAUAGGUUUUAUUUGGGACUUGCAAGGCAGAGGAGCUAGGUAGUGGGAAUAGUACUAAAUCUGCCUUUCCGCGGGUGAAAUGCCUGAUCGCUGCGCUGAAGGCAGUGGGGGUGCACUGGAACGCACUAAUAGGGUAGCUGUGUGCUAUAAUAUUAUUGAGAUAUCGUCCCUACUAGGCAAAUGUGCAUGUAGCUAUCAGCCGGCGAGCCACGCUUCUAUUUCCCCUGGACCCGUUUCAGAAUAGGAACAGAUAGUCUGGAAUGCAAUUUUCGUCUAUAAGGAAUAUCAACUAAUGACUUGUACUUAGGGAUAGAACAAUUAUAUGGUAGCCAGAUGGAAGAGAC